AUGGAGCGCCCUCCAGCCUCUCAGCCACUGGUUUAUAAUACCAGAGCCCAGAUGGAGCCAUACCCAGGGCGUGCAAAAGCCCUCUCCCAUUUCCCCAACAUCUCCCCACUUCUUCUGCACAAUGACAUUUGUUUUGCAAAAGGAGCAUUGACCCCUGAGACACUUUCUGGGAAAUUAGAUUGCAAAUGGAGAACGCAAUGUGAAGUGGCCCCUUUGAUCUUAGCUUGCUGAGGGACCACGACCUUUACAUUCUCCUCAUAGUUUCUUGUGCAAUGCGGGAACAUUUGCCAGCACCACCUUUCCUCAUUGUCUCCUCUCUGGUCUGGGUGGGGCUCCUGCUGCAUUGGGGAAUUAUAAAAACCACCUGGCUGGAGGCUGGAGGGCACAGUGACCUGCCUAGCCAUGAGGCCUGGUGCUCUCAUCUUCCUCCUCGCGGGGCUCCUCUCUCUCUGUGCUGUGGUGCACUCUGCCUCUGGCCAAGGUAUGUGACCCCCUUUGGACCCUGCCUGAAAGAUGGAGCCCUUUCUACCUGAGCAAGGCUCUCUCUACACGUCUUUUCUUCUUCUGCUGCUGCUCUGUGUGCGGAGUUCAGAUCCUCCAGAGGAGCAGGCAUUUCUGAGCCAUGGAGGGCUGUCUGUCUGGGAGUGUUUAAGGGGGCUCUACCCUGGACCCCCUGCAGUUUAUGGCUCUUGUUUCGAUUGACAUCAGCUGCAACAAACCAUAGAGCUCUCUUGAAAUGAGAGGAAGCAGCCAUCAAGGUUGGAUGGAGGCUUCCAACACCUGUGUCCCAUUCAGCAGGCACCUACCCCAUCCAUGGGAUGCGGGUGGCGCUGUGGGUUAAACCACAGAGCCUAGGACUUGCCGAUCAGAAGGUCGGCGGUUCGAAUCCCUGUGACGGGGUGAGUUCCCGUUGCUCGGUCCCUGCUCCUGCCAACCUAGCAGUUCGAAAGCACGUCAAAGUGCAAGUAGAUAAAUAGGUACCGCUCCGGCGGAAAGGUAAACGGUGUUUCUGUGCGCUGCUCUGGUUCGCCAGAAGCAGCUUAGUCCUGCUGGCCACAUGACCCGGAAGCUGUAUGCUAGCUCCCUCGGCCAAUAAAGCGAGAUGAGCGCCGCAACCCCAGAGUCAGUCACGACUGGAGCUAAUGGUCAGGGGCCCCUUUACCUUUACCUUUUACCCCCUUCAUGCCCAAUUUCUGGGAUGGCAGGUUUGGUGAGCUCCUCAAGGGGUGCCCAGGAUGGGGAAAGGACACUUUCCACUCAAAGUCCUUUCUCUAGCCUCUGCCUCCUCCUCCACCAGUGGCUUUACAAUCCCACAGCUGGGCUUGCUUUUGUAGGCUAGCACUAAAUUGUGCAGGGAACUCUUCCAAAAUUUAUCAUCGAAAUUGGAGGCUUUUUAGCAGAGGACAUCUUUCAGGGAUUUGUUAGUUCUGAUUUCUGCAUUGGAGGCAGUUGGACUAGAUGCCCCUUGGGGGUCCCUUCCAACUCUACUGUGCUGGUCUCGUGGGUUACCCAAGAGGCGAGGUCCAAUUCUGGCCCGUGGUCAAAGGUGCAACGUGGAGGCAGUCCGUAGUAGCUGAAGCUUGGUGCAGGGCAGGGAGUCAGGUGAAGUCAGAACAGACAUGCAAGCAGGGAGCCAGGGCGGGUCAGGAGCUCAGGCAGGAAAGCAGGACAGGGUUCAGGCAGGAACUAGCAACCAACAAUGUUGCUCCUGCAACUUGGGACUGGGGCUGGCCGGCUUUUAUCUGUCCCAAGGCAUAGGGCAGCCCCGAUCCUCUGGUGACUCGCCUCUCCUGGCCUGGAGGUGAGCACUCCUCCUGUGGGAACUUAGUUCCCUCAACCUCUCUGCCCUGAGCCUCUGCAGCUCAGGAGAGGCUGGAGGGUUACCGGACCCAGAGGCAACCUCAGCUUCCCCUGACGGGGCUGAGAGUGGAGCAAUGGGUCCUCCAUCACCUCAGGAGCCAGAGCAGACUCAGCUGACGCCUGCACCUGAGGAUCCAGCACAGGUGAGGACCCUUCAGGCUCAUGCCCCAGCCCCGGCUCAGCUGGUUCUGGAGGCAGGGAAUCCUGUGUAGGCUGGGAUCCCUCAGGUUCAGCAUCCGAGUCUGAAUCCCAGGCCAUCACAUCUACAGUUCUAGGAUUCUGUGAAUGACAGCUGAAGAGGAGGGGGAAGGGAUGGAGAUCCCUCUCCAAUACCCACCCACAGCCCUUAAGCUGCAGCCCAAGAGUAAAGCAGAUGUCUCCAAGAGGUUCUUGAGCUGUGGUUCCUACAUUGCCGAGGCUUGGACUUGGGGAUGUCUUCCAAUUCCAAUCUAGAAGGGAGCCUGGAGCCCAGAGUGGGCUGACUUAAAAGACCCCCACUCCACUGCCCGGCAGUCAUGUGGUUGUUCUGUUCCAGGGAAGCCAGGAUACUGCCCCCCACGAGAAGGCUUUGGACUAUGUGUGGAGGAAUGUUCUGGAGAUAAUUCAUGUCCUGGGGACAAGAAGUGCUGCAGCAACAACUGUGGCCACACUUGCCAAACUCCACUAAAAGGUAAGUAGUCAUUUCCCCUCAGAAGCAGACUGGGGUCUUGGGGUUCACCAGUCUCGCCUUCAAUAGGAUGUCACCUAUAUCAGAGGGAGGUGGGGUGUAUGGGAAAGAGCUGGGACCUGUGAGCUUGUCCACUUUUUACUGAGGAGCUCAGCAAGAACUGAGAGGUCAGAAUCCAGCCAUUCAGCAGCUGUUAAGAUUCUUAGCUUUAUCAAUUCCCCAGGACUUCACUGUGCUUCUGGCACAAAGGCUUUCAAGCGCUCCUGAGAAAUACUAAAGGGACAAGAGUAGCCCUCGUCUCUGAGAAAACUCCCCACCAAACAACGGGAGGAAGUCCUUUCCCCUCAGAAGCAGACUAAUAAAUAAUAAUAAUAAUAAAUUUUAUUUAUACCCCGCCCUCCCUGGCCAGAGCCAGGCUCAGGGUGGCUAACACCAGUAAAAUCACAGUAAAAACAUAAUAGGAGAAAAAGAGAGGGGGGGGAACCAAUUUAAAAUACAGGUUAAAAUGCAAUUUAAAAUGCAGCCUCAUUUUAAAGUAGCUGAUAAAUCAAGGCCAUAGGGGGAGGGAAACAUAAGGGUCAGACCGAGUCCAAACCAAAGGCCAGACGGAACAGCUCUGUCUUGCAGGCCCUGCGGAAAAUUGUCAAGUCCCGCAGGGCCCUGGUCUCUUGGGACAGAGCAUUCCACCACAUCGGGGCCAGUGCUGAAAAGGCCCCAGCCUUAGUUGAAACCAAUCUAACCUCAUUGAGGCUUGGGACCUCCAAAGUGUUGUUAUUUGUGGACCUUAAGGUCCUCCGCGGGGCAUACCAGGAGAGGCGGUCCCGUAGGUACGUGGGUCCUAGGCCGCCUAGGGCUUUAAAGGUGAAGCAGAUGCAGGAAGGAAAUCUCUGGUGCCCACUUCAUAGCUGGAAAGAACAUUGCAUCAAGGGAUAGGAGUGACCACAGUGGGGAAACUUGGCCAGCCCCAGCAAAGACUGAUCCAGCUUCAGCCCAGAUGUCCAUCCCUCUGCUAGGAGGGAGGGAAAAACUUGGAGCCUCUUCAUCUGAGCUGUGCUCCUCCUAGAAAUACGCAAUCUUUGGUUGCUGGGAUGCGAAAAGCCACAACUAAUUCUACACCACUAUUGCCCUCCUUUGAAAAGCUGUCUCUGAGCCAUAAUAUUGUUCUGUCUUGCAGAAAGACCUGGAAGCUGCCCUUUCUUUCCUGCAGUAGUGAAGCCACCUUGCAGAAAGGAAUGUCUUAAAGAUUAUGAUUGUCCUUUUCCCAAGAAAUGCUGUUCAAGCAUGUGCUCCAGGGUCUGCAUAAAUCCAGGUAAGAGGCUGAGCCCCUUGUGUGAGGACACAGCACAAUUAAGCAGAUGCUGCUGCUGCUGAUUUAUUGUUUUUUAUUGGGUCUGCUUAGCCUGGACAAGAGACGACUAAGAGUAAGUAGGAGAGCUAUCUUUGAAUACUUGAAGGGCCACCACAUAGAAGAUGGAGCAAUUUUCUUUCCUGCUGCUCCGAAAGGCAGGACUUGUUCUGCUCCUGAGCUGCUGAGAGUGCAGGGACCACCCUACAGCAGGGGUGGGGUGCUAUUGGGAAGUCUAGUUUUGUGUGACACCUCAGACCCCUGAGCAAAACAGAGGCCACCUUAGGCAUCCUGGGCUCCUCUGGCCACUGGAUGCAAAGGAGCCCCAUCCCACAUGAAGAGAGAGAGCCUCUCUGGCCAAAGACAUCUCUCAACCUUGGAAUUCUGCUCUGUUGCAGAGAAACCUGGGCAAUGUCCUGGGGAACAGCCAGGUAUGGUUGGACCCUGCGUGGUUUGGUGUGAGAAUGACUGGUCAUGCCCUGGAGCUCAGAAGUGCUGCGGGAGUUGCCCACGAGCUUGUGCUAAUCCUGUCAGAGGUGAGACCAUUUAUUCUGUGGAGGGAGGGGUGGGAUAGGAAGCUCCUCCUCUUCAUGAACCAAAGCCAUUGUGACUUAUGAAGAAUUGCAGAAUCUCUAUACUCAGAAGUGCUUACCUGGAUUCUGGCUGGAGGCAGGAGGCAGUUGAGGCAAGGAGCCCCACAAGGAGGAGAAGGCCACCACAAUGCAUGAUGGACAGGCUUUGUCUGCUGCCCAGACCAUCAGUUAACUAGAACUUUCAGGUUGGAAAGGGAGCCCAAGGGUCACCCUGAGGGCUUUGCUGUUUUGCAGAGAAGCCUGGACGAUGCCCCCGGGAUCCAGGUGUGGGAAUCUGCAUUGCACGGUGUAGAGAUGACUGGUCCUGCCCUGGUAUUAAGAAGUGCUGCGGUGGAUGCCCACGAGAUUGCCGUAAUCCUGUCUAAGGUGAGAUGAUUUUGAAUUUGGUGGAGGGUGGGGUCCAGUGGGAUAGAGACUGACUCUCUGUGGUUUGUGGAAGAUUUUGGAGUCUCAUAGAUCAAAAUAUCUGGUAGCCUUUAUGUAUCUGGAGAGAAAGAAGGAGAAAGAAAGAGAAAGAGAAAGAGAAAGAGAAAGAGAAAGAGAAAGAGAAAGAGAAGCAGAAAUACCUCUUCACCCCUGUUGUGAGAAUGAACCAAGCAUUUUUAGUAAGAUGAAUGAAAAAGGGGAUUUACUUACAUUGCUCAAGUGCAGUUUUGCUCGAGGAGGGAUGCCUGUUGCCUCUGAACUGACAGCUAAGAGAUAGUCCAUAAUUAUGACAUGGGAACAAGGGGAUGGGGCUCUGUCAUUGAGUACCUUGGUCCAAGGCUCCAUCUGGGCAUCUCCAGGUAAGGGAAACCCUUGUCAUCUGCUUAGCUAGGGUGAUGAGCACCAAUCUCUCUAGGGUUCUUUGUCCUGCAUUUCCUGUGGGAAUGUUCAGGGAUGCAGGAGAGGAUAUAUUGUCUGAUUAUAGCCUUUCCAACUUGUGUUAACAAGCUCACAAUUUAGCAGAGUAACAUCCCCCUUUUUAAACUCACAGCGGAUGCGUUGCUAAGGCUUGCUAAAGCCUCUAUAAUAACUGUUCUGGUAUUUCCCCCUUAUUCCCCAUAAUAGAUAAGACACAGUCUUCUAUAAAAGUAUAAAAAGGUUUACUCACACAUCAUUCUGUUCACAAUAGGAUCCCAGAAGGCAGACUUAGCUUAGAAAAGUAAUAUAUACCUGGGAACUAUCUCAUAAGGGGACAGUCCCUUUGUCCUCUCUGGAAGCCCAGAGAGCAUCUUUGGCUAAGCAGAUGUUGCUUCUUCGAUGCAUGUAGUCAAAAAGAGAGAGAUGGCAGCCCUGCCCUGUGCUACCUGCACAGGUGAGGCCACGCCCCCCUCUAGUCACAUGCAGAUGAGUCUGUCCCAGCCCAGAAGGAAACAGGAAGUUUACCUGCUGGCUGGACAAACAUUCCUUCCCAUGUGUAAACAUGUUCACUCUAGGAAUGUUGUACUUGACUGCUCUUGUGUUUCACAUCCCACAUUUCCAUGGGUGCCUGAACACUCUUUUAUUCCUGCAGCAAAGUGAUGACAGUGAUGCACAGCCUGAAAUCCCUGCAACUUCUACAGUUUUGGAGAUGUGA